AUGCAGCUAGCUCGAGCCUGCCCGACGUCAGCACUGCCCUUCUUUUCUCUUCACCCCGCUCUUCCGGUGUACAGUCCAUCAUCGCUUCUAACGUACUGGAAUUUCAUGUUCUAUCCAUGGAAAGCGCUUUCAGCAUGGGCCCCGUUCAAAAUCGAUGCCCUCGGACUCCUUACACUGCUUGGAGCGAACGAAGUCGACAUUUCGCUCGGUCGCCUGGCCCCCAGCUACUGGCUCGAGUACAUGCCCCUGCUCGCCGGCUUCGUCUUUGCAGGCGAUCGAUUCCGCGCCAAACAGCCAACCUUCACCCUGUAUAAUGUCUCCAGUGGCAUCGUAACAAGUAACCUGUCGGCGUGGUUCACCAGAUGGAUGCAAGCGCAGGGGUUCCACGUCUCGCGGAGCCUGGUCUACUGGGAGGUCAAGAGGACGCCACAGAGCCAGUGGUCAUACUUUGUCGUUUCAGGUCUGAUCUCGGGGACACUAACUGGCUUCCUCUUCGCUAUGACGAUUCUAUCGGGUGACUGGUACGGCUUCGCCAACACGAUCGCAAUCAUCCUCCUCGUCUUCGUGCGCGCAUACAUGAUCCACGCGAACCGCAACGCGAUUAACCGCACCGUGGCCGCAGCAAGACCCUUUCCAACAACGUUUACCAGCGCCCUCGACACCUGGAACGAGAAACGCAAAAAGGAUCCCAAGGCACCGCGCCCGUCCCCGGACUCUCCGCACUGGCGGCCCGAAGUCGUCAAGAUCCUCGUCGUCAUGCCUGAUUCUGGCGCCGUAACCAUGUUCAUCCCCGAGCACCUCCUGCGCGGCGUUUUUGUCACCGAGUCGCCUGUCCGCUCGCCCGGAUUCUAUCGUCUAGCGCAGUGGACUGGUUGGCUCGCGUUUACAGUCCAUGUCGUCACACUGGGCAUGGCACAGCUCGCUACGCAACUAUACGUCAUCGUACUGACAGUCAUCCCAACCGUCCUAAUCUGCUACGGCUUCGGCUGCGACGACUCGCGCUUAUACAAAGGGUGGUGCUGGCUCCGCGGAAAAGACGCAGGUCCAUACAUCUACCACGCCGGCCCGCAACUGAAAGCAACAAUCUUUGAAUGGCCCGAAGACGUUGAGUUCGUCAAGGACGACAAGGGCGCUCUAUGCAGACGCGAUCUAGCACCGAUCCCUGCGGUGAACCGCUCCACCGCCCGCAUGGAUCUGUAUGCGUGGUUGAACUUCAGCAAGGAGGAGCAGGACAGCAUGUGGGACUGGCAUUUGCUUCCGCAUAUGCGCGGCCACGACGAUUCGUGGUGGAAUACAUUUGAGGAGAAGAAGAGGCUGAUUAGGGAGCGGCCGCCGGAUAUCCUUGCGGCGAAGCAGCGGAUACAGCGUGACUUGGAGGCGAAGAGGGCGGUUGGUGAGUUUCCGUUGCUGCGGGGGCGCAAGCCGAUGGCAGACCUUGAGAAGGGUUCUAGGUUUGUUCUGUUAGCUAGGUAG